ACGAGCGCGGUCUCCAAGGGCAUGUGGCCCCCGCCCAGCGCUUUCGGUUCUCGGGGGAGCCGGGCCCGGGAGCCGAGGAGACCGUGCUGGAGGUCCGCGUCCCGCAGGUCCUGCAUGUUCAAUAUGGAAUGUAUGUUUGGCCCUGUGCUGUGGUCUUGGCCCAGUACCUAUGGUGUCACAGAAGAUCUCUGCCAGGCAAGGCUGUCUUAGAGAUUGGAGCUGGAGUGAGCCUUCCAGGAGUCCUGGCUGCGAAAUGUGGUGCUAAAGUAAUACUGUCUGACAACUCAGAGCUGCCCCACUGUCUAGAGCUCUGUAAGCAAAGCUGCCACAUGAACAACCUGCCACAGGUGCAGGUUGUAGGACUGACCUGGGGCCACAUAUCUCAGGAUCUCCUAGCUUUACCACCACAAGACAUUAUUCUUGCAUCUGAUGUGUUCUUUGAGCCGGAAGACUUUGAAGACAUUUUAACAACAGUAUACUUUUUGAUGCAGAAGAACCCCAAGGUUCAACUGUGGUCUACAUACCAGGUUAGAAGUGCUGACUGGUCACUUGAAGCUUUGCUCUACAAAUGGGAUAUGAAAUGUGUCCACAUUCCUCUGGAGUCUUUUGAUGCGGAUAAGGAAAAUAUAGCAGAAUCUGCCCUUCCAGGGAGACACACUGUUGAAAUGCUGAUCAUCUCCUUUGCAAAGGACAGCCUCUGA